AAACCGAAAAAAAAAGGACAUCGUCGACAACCAGGCUCCUCUCCGCCAUCACCACAUCAAACCGCCAAAAUGGGUCGUCUUCACAGCAACGGAAAGGGAAUCUCGUCCUCGGCGAUCCCGUACUCGCGCAACCCGCCGGCAUGGCUCAAGACCACGCCCGAGCAGGUCGUCGAGCAGAUCUGCAAGCUGGCCAAGAAGGGCGCCACCCCCUCCCAGAUCGGUGUUGUCCUCCGUGACUCGCACGGCAUCGCCCAGGUCAAGGUUGUGACUGGUAACAAGAUCCUGCGCAUCCUCAAGUCGAGCGGCCUCGCCCCCGAUAUCCCGGAGGACCUGUACAUGUUGAUCAAGAAGGCUGUCUCGGUCCGCAAGCACCUUGAGCGCAACCGCAAGGACAAGGACUCCAAGUUCCGCCUGAUUCUGAUCGAGUCGCGUAUCCACCGCCUGGCCCGCUACUACAAGACGGUCGGCGUCCUGCCCCCCACCUGGAGGUACGAGUCCGCCACCGCCAGCACCAUCGUUGCGUAAAGCAGCGUCUGUGUGACGGGCGUGUGGGGGAGGGGUUUGCGAGCGCGGCGCGCCCACUCGGCCGUGCGGCUCGGCAUUCCGGUUUUCUUGGCUGGGACGGUCACAACGGAGUUUGGGGUGGUUAUGGGUUCCUGCAAAUGCAUUUGGAGCGACAAGUUCGGAAAAGGCGCAGAGGCGCCGUGCCAUGUUCCCGGCGCGGGUCUUUUGUGUCACUUGGGGACGCCAAAAAAUGGCAGCUCCGAUCUAUAGGACUGAAAUGGAAGAAAGUCCUACCCUACAAUGGUGUCGUUGAGAAGCAAUCAACUCCCUAACCCCGCCGCCCAAAGCUGUCUGUCUGCGUUCAUAUCUGAUUACGCGCUAGUGUUCAGGGCCGUAUGUGUAUGGACCGCUUGCAUCCCCCGUCCUGGUCUUGUGAUACGUUGAUACAUUUCGUUCAGAGUGCGGUCCAUCGUGGUUCCCAGUUGC